UGAAUUGCUGGAAGGGAGAUAGUGAUUUUGUGUCCUAUGGUCAAGGGAGAAUUAUAACUUUAGCAUAAAAAAGUAGCCACUGAAAUUAUAUUCGUACAAACUUAGUACCUACUUCAUCUUGACGUAGAAUUAAGAUAAUUUAAAAAAAAAAUAAAUAACAAGGGUGUAACGAAGUAGCUAGUUUCCACCUGGGUUUUUUUGACGACCGUGUGUAUAACCGCCCGGUAUCGCUUCGUUACGAGUGUUGAGCCCAAAGUAUUUGUGCUGGGAAGAUGCAAACUACAGGUAAUAGACAUAAUUUCUAUAGUUCUGUUUUAGCCGCCGUCGCCGUGGACGUAGGUAAUUAAUCCGUCGCCGAUUGCAAGCGUUUCCGUCCAGAUAUUGCAGUGAUUUCUGCAGCAUUCAAAAGAUCGCUCCGAUUAGAGGAGGAAGGAAAAGGAACAUUUGUUGAUUUCCGAUCCGAUAAUGAGUUAAUAAUUGAUUUUAUUUUCUCUACGUUCCCUGUUUUAAAACGAGCAUUAAAAGUUGCAAGGUCGUUCGAUUUAUUCCGUUAUCGCAGACCUUUUGCAACUGACCUGAAACUCCAGGAAACAAUGGACAGUAAUGAACUACUGAAUUUGGAGAAUUCAAAUCGGCCAUCCGAGUGAGUGUUAUGUCUCUGAAUUAAUGAUACGUAUAAUGCAUAGUUGGCAUCGCUCUAAUUUUUCGAGAUGUAAUUUUUUUAUUACGAAUUGAAUAGAACGAAAAAGUAACAACUUGCAACUUAUUUCAUUAAACGUGAAUAUAUAAAAAUGGCGACGAGGAUGGGAUCAAAACUCGAGAACGUUUUGGACCGAAUUUGUAAUGUUUUACAAGAUUUACAUGAAACGCAACGAAAUUGCACGGGAACAGGAAAUGCAAUUCCAAAACGGAAGGUACAUUUUCACUCCUACGAUGAGACAAACGAAACGAUGGAAAACUUUAUCGAUCGAUUAGAAAACUAUUUAGAAAGAAAAGAAAUCGCAGAGGAUAAGGAAAAGGUGGGAAUGCUGCUUGAACUUAUUCCGCCGUCAGUAUUCCAAACGCUCACAAAUUUGACAGUUCUGGAAAAGCCAAAGGCAAAAACCUACGACGUAUUAAUUAACUUGUUGAGGACACAUUUGAGCCCGAAGCCGAACGUAUUUGCACAGCAACAUCGCUUCGCAGUGCGAAUACAGAAUGAGGGUGAGUCUAUCAUGAAGUUUAUUGAAGAAUUGAAACGCCUCUCCAUCAAUUGCUCUUUUACAUGUACCGAUUGUGGAAAAUCGACCAUCGAGACACAUUUGCGGACACAAUUUAUUCGUGGAUUACGUGACGACGAUAUUCGGCAGGAGUUGUUGCGUCUAAAAGAGGA